GCCAUGGAGAGGGAGGGCUUAGACAUGGCUGAGCUCUAUGUGAAGCCGGGUAACCAGGAGAGGGGUUGGAAUGACCCACCCCAGUUUUCAUAUGGGCUGCAGACCCAGCAUGGAGGUGGAAAACGCACACCACUUAACAAGAGAGUACCUGCUCCUUUGCAUGGUUCCCCAGCAGUUCCUGCUGCGUCCUCCAUUCCUUCUUCCACACCACCAAAGAUACCACCACCUUGUCCUAUGAGCACUUUUGGACCUCCACCUGUAGGGCAAACUGCAUUACCUCCUAAAACAGAGGCAUUGAAGUCUUGUACAAGUCAGACAGAAGUGGCAUGUCACAUUGAUGUACAGGACAUUUUAACUCCAUUGCAAAAUACGCUGGAAGCCUGCAGGGAUUUAAUCAAGAAACAAGUGUUCAACGAUAUUAGCAAGAGAUUAACCAUGUUAGAAGAAAUGUGGAACAGUGGAAAACUGUCCCCACCCGUGCACAAGAGAAUGAUCGUCCUAGUAAAAGAACUGAAGUGUCAGAAUUGGGAUACAGCAGAUGAAAUUCAUAGGUCUCUUAUGGUGGAUCAUGUGAACGAGGUCAGCCAGUGGAUGGUUGGAGUAAAGCGCUUAAUUGCCGAAGCAAGGAACUUACCCACUCAAUCUCUUGCUGCAAAAGAUGAAAUGCCAGAUGAUGGCACUGAGGACGACACUACUCAGUAGAUUUAAAGAAGGUUUCUACCUCUAUAUUGCAAUGCAAUUUCUAGGCAGUAUCAACACAAUUGUCUCCACAAGAACUAACUUCAUGUUUUGCUAUUGAUUUUAGAGUUCUGUAAAAUGUAUUUCAUUUUGCAACCCCAUCUCAAAUGAUACUCUGUAAAUUUGUUGGUAUUUAUUCAUUGCUGAAA